CAAUCGCCAGUAAAUAAGUUGGUUUCACAAAAUGCUGAAGUGUGGAUUCAUCGUUGUUUUCCUUGUGGCGGCAGCCUUGGGUGAAGAUUCGGUCGUCGACCGCAUCGUCGGCGGCACCAGUGUUAAAAUUGAGAACUUCGGAUGGCAAGUGUCCUUAUUCGAUCGUAAGGGUCACUUUUGCGGUGGUUCUAUAAUCAGCGACGAAUGGGUCUUGACUGCUGCACAUUGCGUAUACGAUUAUUUCUCGCCAAAGCAAUAUGGAGUGCGUGUCGGAAGCAGUUUACGCAACAAAGGUGGAGUCCUUCACAGAAUUUCCAGGGUACACAUUCACCCAGACUACGACACGGUCAGCUACGACAAUGACGUCGCACUCCUGAAAGUUGAAACCAAAUUUAAACUAAACGGCAGGAGCGUUCGCAAAGUUAAAUUGGUUGACGAAGAUCACGAGGUUGAUGAUGGUGCCCGGCUCACCGUCACUGGAUGGGGCAAAUUAAGUGAAUCAGGACCCAAGCCAGUAAAUCUACAAGGAGUAAAAGUGCCUUAUGUGGACCAAGAUACAUGCUCUGACAGCUACGUCUUUGCAGGAAAAGAUAUCACCGAAAAGUAAGC